CUGGCAACUGGCAUGAGGUGCUCCUACAUGCUGUGCGCUUUGGCCGCCAUACCCACUUCUUUCCUGGUCUUCUCACAGGUCUUCACAAACGCGACGCCAGAGCACUGGUGUGCGCCAAUCCCCGAGUUGGAGACCUUGGAACUCCCUGAUGAGCUGGUCCGCAACCUCACGGUCCCUCACAACGAGGGCGUGUUUGAGGGCUGUCGGGCUUACACCCUGGACCUGAAGGUGCUGAUGGAAGAACUGGGGGAAUAUGCUGAGGAAAGAUCAGUUCUAGUACGAGAGGGUAAUGCCCUACGCGUGGUGUCCAUCAAACAGCUGGUACCAGCAACGGGCCAAGAAAGAGAGCUACAAAUAUCCAGGGCAGUGGAAGCAAUCAUCAAAGCUAGAAGCGAGAACACAAGUUCUUGCAGCAAUGGCUGGAGGUUCAGUACGGAACAUUACCAGAGGACCCUCGUUACUGAGUUCUCCCUGGUCUGCGACGAGGACUGGCUGCCUCGCACCGGCAACACGCUCUUCUGGGUCGGGUCGAUAUUUGGCAACCUCGUGUUUGGGUGGAUGUCUGACAGAUCAGGUCGUCGGCCCACCAUCCUCCUGAUGAUCCUGCUAGAGGUGCCUCUAGCGAUUGCAGCUGCUUUCCCCAACAACUACUGGACGUACGUGGCUCUGAGGAUCGCCGGGGGCUUGUUCUUCCCGGCGUUGUAUCAGCAGCCGUUUAUCCUGGCUUUGGAGCUGAUGCCGCCUAGGAGCCGGACUUAUACGGGUAUUGUGGUAGGAAUGCUGUUUGCCAGCGGGAUGUGCCUACUGGCGUUGUUAGCGUAUGCUGUGAAGGACUGGUUCUACCUGUCCCUGGCUACUAGUCUUCCCUUUAUAUUACUGUAUGGUUAUUAUUGGCUCAUACCAGAAUCUCCAAGGUGGCUGGUCAGCAGAGGGCGGAUAGCUGAAGCAGAGAAGGUAUUCAGGAACCUUGCUAAGAAAAACGGCAUUGAUUUGCCUCGUGGAUUUCUGCUAGAAAUUCACAAAAAAGUUAAAGAAGAAGACGCCGAAACAGAAGUGACAAUGCUUAGAAACGUAAACGGACAUAUCUCUGGAUUCCCAGACCCAGCUGACAAGGACGACUUUGUAGACAGAAGGAUCAGCAACAUGCUCACAUUCAAACCAGAUUUCACCAGAAUCCCUGAUAGUGACGAACCAAAAGGAGAAAACCUUGAAAGAAUAAUCGCACACGAGGUCGCUGAAAUAGUGAAUAAAAAGGCACGAUUAAAAAAAGAAAGAGAAAGCAUCAGAGAUGAUGUAUUGAAAGAGGAAGACGGUAUUACAGAAGAAUCUCAUUUAAACACUGACGCUAAACAAAAGGCAACGCAAACCGAGCCGUAUAAAUCUCCUGCUAAUACAUUGAGAAGAAAAUCCCUACAACUUGUAAAUAAAAUCUUCAUUAGAGACGGAGAAGAAUAUGAUGUAGAGAAUAAGAGAAUGGACGAUGAGAACUCAGAAGGAGACUGCAAAGCUUCUCCAUUAGAUGUGUUUAGAUAUCCCAAUAUCAGGAAGAAAUUCUUCUUGCUUACUUUCAAUUGGGUGGCUAUAGGAGUAGUUUAUAAUAGUUUGAGUUAUAAUACGCCUAAUUUAGGUGUAGAUGAUUAUUUGGCGUUCUUCAUUGGUGGCGUAGUAGAGUUACCUUCGUACUUCAUGGCGUGGCGCUGCAUGGACCGCUUCGGGCGGCGCUGGGUGCUGUGCGUCUUCACGCACGUCGGGGGCCUGGCCUGCUUGAGCUGCGUCUUUGUUCCUGAAGCCUGGCCAUGGAUCACGGUGGUCUUAGCAAUGCUGGGCCGGCUGUUCAUAGCGGCAUCGUUCGCGGUCUUCUACGUCCAGAUCGGGGAGUUGCUUCCGACGGUAUUACGAGCGCAGGCGAUGGGAGCAUCGUCCUUUAUAGCUGGUCUGGGGCUGCUGGCGUGCCCUUAUAUUGUGCAUUUGGCUACAUACGCCAGGUCUCUCCCGCUCAUAGUGAUGGGUGUUCUCAGCAUCAUGGCGGGAGUGACGUCACUCUUCCUCCCUGAGACCCUCAACCAACCAUUACCCCAAACCUUGGGAGACGGAGAAAUGUUUGGAAGGGACUUCAAACUUCUAAGCUGUGUGGAUAAGAGAAGAAAUUCUGUAAAGGAUUUGGAAUGAGAAAGCAAGAUUUUGGUAUGGCAAACUUGACCUUCACUGGUUGGGUUUACGGCGGUCAAGCUGUAGAUCCUGGCUACACAGGAGUCGCAGUUGUGGGAACGAGAGGUGGGAAUAGUUCCGUUAUAGCUUUUGCCCGCGGUUUAGGUCGCGUUAAACUUUCAACCCCGUAAUCCCCCUUAGGGGAUGAAUUUUGGAAAAUCCUUUCUUGGAAACAGUAGUCAUAUAAGGUGCCACAGUGUUUAGCUUCAUGUGCUAGCAAAGGUGAUACUUACGACCGCGGCUUUGGUUGAUGUACUUUAGUUACUAUAAAAACUUAUAAAAAUAAAAUGUUUGUUUAAGUCAUACUAUUGCUACAGUAUAUUAGUAGUUCCUGUAUUAUAAAAAAUAAGAUAAAAUUAUUAAGUGACGUUGUAAAUAUAGGUUUGACAAACUAGUUUUAAGGAAUUUGU